UAGCCAAUGGCUCACUUGUUUUACUUGCUUUGUUUGCAGUUGCUGGGGCCAUAGCUCUCAAGGACUAUUCUGAGGCCGGGUUCAUCGUCUUCCUCUUCACCAUAGCCGAAUGGCUCGAGACCAGGGCCUGCGGCAAGGCCACUGCUGGCAUGUCGUCACUGAUGAGCAUGGCACCACAAAAUGCUGUUCUGGCAGAGACUGGACAAGUGGUUGCUACCCAGGAUGUGAAGAUCAAUACAGUAAUAGCUGUGAAGGCAGGGGAAGUCGUGCCGAUCGAUGGUGUUGUUGUUGAUGGACGGAGUGAGGUCGACGAGAGCACCCUCACCGGGGAGUCCUUCCCUGUGUCCAAGCAGGCAGACUCCCAGGUCUGGGCUGGCACACUCAACAUAGAUGGUUACAUUGCUAUGAGGACAACUGCUAUGGCCGACAACUCUGCGGUGGCCAAAAUGGCAAGGCUGGUCGAAGAAGCCCAAAACAGUCGAUCCAGUACGCAGAGGCUGAUCGACACUUGCGCCAAGUACUACACACCCACUGUUAUUUUCAUGUCUGCAGCAGUGGCAGUGAUCCCUGUGUGUGUCAGAGCACGCAACCUAAGACACUGGUUUGAACUGGCCCUAGUUCUCCUGGUGAGUGCUUGUCCAUGUGCUCUGGUGCUGUCGACACCUGUGGCAACCUUCUGCGCGCUACUGAGGGCCGCGAGGACCGGGCUCCUCAUCAAAGGAGGGGAUGUCCUUGAGUCCUUGGCCAGUAUCAAAGUUGCUGCCUUUGACAAGACUGGUACAAUCACUAGAGGCGAGUUCUCUGUCGAGGAGUUUCAGACAGUUGGUGAGCGUGUUUCGAAGCAACAACUUAUUUACUGGGUUUCAAGCAUCGAGAGCAGGUCGAGCCACCCAAUGGCAUCUGCUCUUGUUGGUUAUGCUCAAUCAAACUCUGUAGAGCCAAAAUCAGAAAAUGUUGCUGAGUUUCAAAUCUAUCCUGGUGAGGGGAUUUACAGUGAAAUUGAUGGAGAGGGCGUAUAUGUUGGGAACAAAAGGAUCUUGGCAAGGGCAUCGUGUCAAACAGUUCCGGACAUAGUAGAACACAUGAAAGGAGUUACCAUCGGAUACGUGGCCUGCAACAAGGAAUUGAUUGGGGUAUUCAGCCUAUCGGAUUCAUGCCGAACUGGGUCAGCCGAGGCCAUCAAGGAGUUGAGAUCAUUGGGCAUAAAGUCAGUGAUGCUUACUGGCGAUAGUACUGCCGCUGCCACACAUGCGCAAAACCAGCUGGGGAACAUACUAGCCGAGGUUCAUGCUGAACUUCUGCCAGAAGAUAAAGUGAGAAUUGUUGAUGAACUGAAGGCAAGAGAUGGCCCUACACUGAUGAUUGGCGACGGCAUGAAUGAUGCCCCAGCACUGGCUAAGGCUGAUGUUGGAGUCUCCAUGGGUGUGUCCGGUUCAGCCGUCGCAAUGGAGACGAGUCACAUUACUCUGAUGUCGAAUGACAUCCGCAGGAUCCCAAAGGCUAUCAAGCUGGUCAGGAGGACACACCGGACCAUCGUCGUGAACAUUGUCUUCUCGGUGACUACGAAGCUUGCAAUUGUUGCACUUGCGUUUGCCGGGCAUCCGCUUAUUUGGGCAGCAGUCCUUGCUGAUGUUGGCACAUGCUUGUUGGUGAUCAUGUACAGCAUGCUGCUACUGAGGGAGAAAGGCAGUGGAAAGGUGGCGAAGAAAUGCUGUGCUUCUUCUCACUCAAAAAAGCAUGAGCAUAGUACUUCCCACCACCACUGCUCCAAUGGUCAUCAGCAUGAGCAUGUAUCUGCAGGCAAGCAUUCUUGCCAUGAUCAUCACCAUGAGCAUGAUCACCACAAAGAGCCUAGCAACCUGCAUUCCACAGACAAGCAUGGCUGCCAUGAUCAUCACCAUGAGCAUGAUCACCAUAAAGAGCCGAGCAACCUGCAUUCCACAGACAAGCAUGGCUGCCAUGAUCAUGGCCAUGGCCAUAGCCACUGCAAAGAGCCGAGCAGCCAGAUGGUGACAAGCAAGCAUGUUUCCCAUGGGCAUGGCCAUACCCACAGCAUCUGCAACCCUCACCCCACUGCGAACAAGCAUGAUUGCCAUGACCAUGAACAUAGCCACCACCAAGAACCCAACAGUUCACAUUCUGCCGAUGAGCAUGAUUGCCAUGAUCACAAGCACUGUGAAGAACCAAUCAGCUUGCUUUGUGCCACUGAGCAUGCUUGCCACGACCAUGAGCAGAACCAUGAGCAUCAUUGCUGUGAUGAAGAGCAAACAGUGCAUGUCGCAGAUACGCAUUCCUGCCACGACCAUAAGCAUGACGGCAGUGCGGCUGAUCCAGUUCCAGAGCUGUCGAUAUCUAUCGAGAGCGCAUUGCCUGAUCACCAUGAGCAGGAAAUCCAAUGCAUCAAAGAACACAAAGAGGAAGCGUGUGGACAUCACCUGAAGGUCAAGGAUCACGUCCCGGCUCCGACGGAUUGCAGCAGGGGAAACUGUCACAGUACGGUGAGCAGCAAGGGAUGUGAAAGCAAAGGCAAAGAAGUUUGUCCAAGCUGGCCGGUUGGUCGUACCGGAAUAAUCCGCAGGUGUUGCAGGACUAGGGCGCGCAGCUGCUGCAGCCACAGCAUGUUGAAACUACCAGAGAUUAUAGUAGAGUAGAAUGGAAAGUAUAGAUGUUAUGUUGGUAAGAUGACCGAAGCGAGUAACUAUCUAGAAAGAAACAGCGACUGCUGAAGCCGCCUGGUCGGCAUAUAUAGCUAGAUUCCCAUGGCUGAUGAUAGAUAUUUGAUCUGGUUUUGCUUUGCUUAGCUGCUGAAGAAAUGGUGUAGAAGUCUUGAUUUUCAUGAAGCAGGUGUCAUUCUGAAAUGAUAUGCUGCUCUGGUUUUCUCCUUGUUGAUUUUGCACCUUCUCGAAGAAUUUGAGAAGGUGCAAAGAGAGAGGUUUGUUCAUAGUAUCAGUGUGCUUCAGCAAUAAUUGGAAGAAGCUGGUGUAGAGAUCAGUUUAUAACUUCUUAUCAGGUUUCCUUAUCAGAGUACCGAGUUGUAAUCAUACUUGACUUUUGUUGAGGGAAAACUUCAACUAAGUUGGCUUAUUAUGAAACGUUUCGGAAUGUCGCAUAGAA